CGUACCAGCGAGCCAGACAAAGCGGCACGAUCGAGACGAGAUAAUCGCUGUGGGACGAAGCUUCAGAAUACCGGCUGUGUCCGUUCGCUCGCACUCAGUCAGUCCGUAGCAUCCGGCGUUCGCUCAGCAUGGGGGUUGUCAAGACAGCGUCGGAGAGCAUUCUCGAGGAAACCGUACUCCCGAGCGAGGAGGCGAAUUAUUCGCUACAGGGCCACACCGACGAAUGGAGCGAGAACUUUCCCUAUCAGCUUCUGGUAGGAGCAGGAGUGGCCUUGGUCUUUCUGGUCCUCCUGGCAGCCGUGAGCUUUCAGUGCUCCUCGACUUGGCGAUGGUUAAUGAGCAUGACUCGACAUGAGAGCACCGAGGAUACCGAGACCGAUCAGACUCAGCAGAACGCGAUCCGCAUCAGUCACUCUCUUCCGGAUCUUCAGUCGAAACCGAUCACUCACGAAUACGUUCAGGAGCAAAAGGAAAAUAAGAAGGUGCUGCGUCAAACUACUUUACCCAUCGUGCCAAUGAGGCAUCAAAGUUUUCAACGUCAACUGUCGCACCGUCUUGAUUUGCCCAACAUCAAGUUCAGUAUUUGCAGCUUCGAAAAUCGGAGCGAUUCCAGCCUUGGCCUGAUCAAGCCGGAGUUAUAUAAAAAAGAACUUGUGAGACAAGACAGCGCGGAAAGUUCCAGCACAACGGAAAUGGAAUACGUUGGAAAACUGCAUUUCGCUCUUCGCUACGAUAAGGAAAUGGAAGGACUCGUUGUCAAGGUUCUGGAAGCUCGCGAAUUGCCGAUAAAAGACGUAACCGGUAGCAGCGAUCCGUACAUCAAAGUGUAUCUGUUGCCGGACAGAAAGAAGAAGUUCCAGACAAAAGUGCAUCGAAAGAAUUUGAAUCCGAUAUUCAACGAAACGUUCAUCUUCAGCGUGUCGUACGAGGAACUGAGGGAACGUUACCUGCAAUUUUCCGUUUACGAUUUCGAUCGGUUUUCACGUCAUGAUCUCAUUGGACAAGUAGUUCUCAAGGGUCUAUUAGAUUGUACCGAUCUGGAGCAAGAAAUUGAAUAUACGAUGGACAUCCUCUGCGCGUUACAGGAAAAAGUAGAUCUGGGAGAAUUGAUGUUAUCCUUGUGCUAUCUACCAACGGCCGGUCGAUUGACGUUAACCGUGAUCAAAGCCAGGAAUCUUAAGGCUAUGGAUAUAACGGGCAAAUCAGAUCCGUACGUAAAAGUUUACCUGCUAUGCCAAGGCAAAAGAAUAAAGAAGAAAAAGACGACGGUGAAGAAGAACACUCUUUAUCCCGUUUAUAACGAGGCGCUUGUUUUCGAUGUUCCCUCAGACAACAUCGAAGACGUCAGUCUUAUAGUGAAAGUAAUUGAUUACGACAGAAUUGGAUCGAACGAAUUGAUGGGAUGCACGGCGAUUGGCUCGAGUUUUAUCGGAAUCGGUCGCGAUCACUGGCUGGAGAUGUUGGAUAAUCCGAGGAAACCGGUGGCCCAGUGGUACCCAUUGACGGAAACCGUGUCCGGUCAUAUUCCAGACGUGGAUUCGCAGCCACUUCCGGUGAGCCUGAGCUGCUUAAACAGCAACAGAUGAAGACAAAAGGCGGAAAGUAACCCUUGCAGAAAAGGUUCGAAAAUAUUGUCGAACGCCGGCUUGGACGUCGUCUCCUUCUGUCGUCACUUAAUGCAUGUCGCUUGACUGACUUAAGUACAACUUCUGUCUUAGAGAGCCGGAAGGCGAAAUCUGUGCUUUGCGAAACCUUACCUCGUGCAGCAGGCAUGAAAUAAUAAACGAUUCGACGACGUAUACGAAUAUAAUACACCGAUGUAAUUCCCGGAAAUA